UAGAAUCCAAAGAACCCACUUUUCGUACACCCUGCCAGACUGACUUCCGAACCACCAUUCUGCUGCCCUGCGUUUCAUACGGCUUCCUCCAGUCCCGCCAGCCCGAGACGGAGAGAAGAGCGAGGACAGAUAUGACGACGAUUCGCAGAUUUUGCUGCAAUGAUCUUCUUCGUUUCGCUUCCGUCAACCUCGACCACUUAACUGAAACAUUUAACAUGUCAUUCUACAUGACCUAUUUAGCUCGAUGGCCGGAUUAUUUUCAUGUAGCUGAGGGCCCCGGCAAACGUAUCAUGGGUUACAUUAUGGGAAAAGUUGAGGGGCAAGGUGAGUCUUGGCAUGGCCAUGUAACGGCAGUCACUGUAGCACCGGAAUAUCGCAGGCAGCAGCUUGCUAAGAAACUGAUGAACCUUUUGGAAGACAUCAGCGAUAAAAUUGAUAAGGCAUACUUUGUGGAUCUUUUUGUGAGGGCCUCUAAUACUCCAGCCAUAAAGAUGUAUGAAAAGAUGGUAGCCAAAAGGAAGUGGUUAGGUUGUCAGUUUGGAAGGGAACUCCUAACUUCAUACAAGUCUGCUGCUGAUGGGCAAUUUUAUUUGGAAAAUUCAUUCUUUUGUCAUCAAAUUAUCCUAACUGUAUUGAAUUGGAUUGAGGGCAUUUGAAUAGGAAGUCGUAAUGUCCACCACUUCAGUGCAAUGUCAUUAGUCAGUCAAAGUUACCUUCAGAUCAACUAGGGGCACUUAAAUGCAAAAUCUUGCAGCAAUUAAAAUUUGCAUUUGCUGUAUGGUACACACUUUCUCACCAAAGUGUUCCAUACCUCCACCCUGUUUCUCUCUUUCAUUUCACCAUUAAUACAAGUUGACACCAUUGAUUGACUGGAUUUUGGAUUGUUGAUUCGGCUGCCUGCCAUGUUUCUCCUUCUCAAGUGAACUUCUAUUAACCCUCCAACAGCCUAGUUUGUAUUGCUAGUAAUAAAUCUGUACCUGUUCAUGAUGAGGAACUAGGGGACUAUGUUCAUUAAACCAGUUUGUUUGCAUGGAAACAAUGCUUCCCAAGGUGUCAGAUUCAUGAUGAUGCUCUCUCUCUUUCUUUCUCAUGUGUGCAUAUGUUUGUGUUUGUGAUCAUGUGUAUAAAUGGAAAAAGUGUUCAAUAACCUUUUU